UCAAGUGAGAAAUAAUCUGGAGAAAACCAUUUCGAUCAAUAUUUGUUCAGUUUGUUUAGUGAAAUUCUUUCAGAAUUGUUCGUCGAAGAUUUUUUAAAUUUCAUCUAUUCAAUAGAAUUUCAAUGCGCAUUCCCUUCAAUUUGAUGCAAAAGAGUCCAGCCCACAUUAAGUCUGUCGUCAUGGAGUCUGAAAUUUGCAAAACUUUUUCAAGAAAUUCGAGGGAUAAUGCAACCAGGGCGAAUUGUGAUAUCAUUAGGAGUGCAUCACAUAUUCAAUUGACAGCACUCCGGGGAGAAAUGGAACGGGCAGGCACAAAAUGCAAUAUGAUGAAAAAACGCCUGGAAUAUUUCCAAAUUUUGUAUCAGAGUGCGGGACCCACUUCCAUCGAUAUUCCCGUGAAAACAUCACAUGCGUCUCCGAAAUCAAGCCGGAUCGAAAUUCUCAGGAGUCCAAUGAUCGAUGAAAUCGAUGCCAAUGAAUCCAAAGAAAAUGAACAAAUGGAAGAAAAAUCCCCUCAUUUUCCAAAACCGCAGAAACAAAAAUCCACCGUUAUCCUGGAGAUAAAAAAAUCAUCAGUGCAUUUAAUUACGAAUGCUUGGAGUGAAAAAUCGAUCGGGGAAAUUCACCAGGCACCGAUCAGUAACGACCAAUUUUUCGAUCCCUCGGAUCGUGAAAUCAUCGAAACGCUCCCUCGGGAGCCGGAAAUUGUCCUGAAAUUGACUGAUAGACGGGAGGUAUCAGCUCGUGAUAAAAUAGCAAGACCUCGUGAUUUCACCGGGAGGAAACCGGAAUCAUCAAGGCGGGAUGAAACCGCUCCCAAGAUCAUCAAGAAGAAAAGAAAGAAGAUGAAGUUGAAGAGAUCCAAUUCGAAAAGUACCACUGCUAGCAAACAUGUUGCUAAUUUGUCAGAGACCACAUAUCGGAGAGUCAAGCGUCGAUUUUAUAAAGUUGAGGAGUCUCCGCCCGUUCUCGAUAAUUCAAAUGAAAAACCGCAGCCUCCAUUGAAGAAAUUGAUGAGUACAGAAACUGGUAAAGAACAAGAAGUGGUAGAGAUCUAUCAUAAUGCCGCCGUACACCAUAUUCAGAGUAAUUCUGAGGCAUCUCUCAAACACCAGCAAACGAAUUCACAAGAAAAAUCUUUCAAAGAUACUCCAAAAAAUAUAAAAAACAGAAUUAAUGAGACGCGGACAUCGGAGAUGCAGACUAGAUCCAAUCAAAUGACCAAAAAUCGAGAGGAAAAAAUUCCUUUGGUCACCAAUCCAGAGCCGAUCCCCAGGAAAGGAGAGCCUGAAAUUCGCUUGAAAGAGCCUCCAGAGGAAUUUCCACCUCCAGCGAGGACCUGGCCCUCCGACGCAUAUGAUCAACCGAAUUACCAACAGCCUACAUUCGCGUCUAAACUGAAAUGCGUUAAUAGAUGUUACCUGACGGCUAGAUUCAACUUGAGGAACAUUCCUUUCGUCGUUGGCACUUCAAUUACCCCUAGUCACAAUUUGGGACUCAAUAUCCAACAGGUUCUCAGUCUCAUGAAGAGCAAACAACCGGGACUAGCCACCGAGAUGCGACCAUUUUUCAUGAAAAAAGUGGGAAAAGAACUCCAUCCGUGUGACCUAGUGGAAGACGUCAGAGAUUCAUCUGCCGAGAUUUUUGGAAAAUCGGAUAAAAAUUCGCUGGAUGUGAAACAAGAUUCAGUAGUUCAACGAAAAACAGAGGAAUUGAAACACGUAGAGAGUCGCCUCCGCCUAUAUCCAGGAAUGACCAGUAAUUCCUCAGAGAUUAGGAACGUCUUCAUACGCCUGCAUUACAAAUUCGAAGAGACGCAAACAAAAUACGACAAAGUCCAGGAGAAAUUGGACAAAUCCAAAGACGAAGCCCACCUGAAGGAGCUGAGGGAGCUGGAGGAGGAGCUGGUGGAGGAGCUCAAUGCGCAAGAGAGUGAAAUCAAAGCUGUAGUCGGUUUAUACAACGAAGUGAUGGCCCUGAAGUCUCAGAUUUAUGGUGCAUCCCACCAGAAAAACAGUCUCCUCUGCAUAGGUGAAUCCUCGAAGGUUCCCCUAAGGCUGUUUCCAGUCUAUCAGAGACUAAGAACUUCGUCUUGUCGAAUAAAACGCCCCUCAACAUCCACAAGACUCACUGGACUCCUCCGACAAAUUCAAUCAUUCCAGCAGCAACUCAUAUCUUCAUAAAUUUCAUAAAGUCUUUGAAAAAAAAAUACACACACAUUUUCCUGAGGUGCGCCGUUUUCCCGGAAUAAAGUAAAAAUAAUCAAAACCAAAAUUCAAUUACAGAUGAUUUAUUUCACCCUCGCUCAAUAUAGAAUAUAUUGUUUAUGUAUAAGAUGUUUCCAUAUAUUUUAUAUACAUUUAUCCAACACAUAUGUAUAACAACGAGCAAACAUCGUCAAUAUUUAUUUCUCACGAUAAUAUCGUGUCGAAGGUGAUAAUGAUUCUGCAGUCGUGUGAAACAUCAGUAUUCUCUUCCCUCUCUUUUAAUAGCUGAUUAUCGUUAAUAUAUUUAUUAUUAUCCAUCAAUGACUGGGUAAUUAAGAGCUCAUCUACUGGAACUCCAACAGCAGAGAGAGCUGCCCGGAAUUUUCUAGAUAUGUCGAAUCAA